UCUUUUGUGCUUAUCCUCAGGCGGGUCACAAGUGAGCUUGACAUUAUUGGUAUUGCUCUUAUUAAACAUUUUGCAUUUUUAAAUGUUAUUAUUUUCUUUUACAAUCACUCCUUUGGAUUUUUAUACAUUUUUAGAAAUGCAUGACAGAUCAAAUGUUCUUGUGGGCUCUGUGGUCCACGCACGAUACAUUUCCAAUCCCUGAUAAUCAUUUUAGCUCCUUUGUUUUUAUUUUCUAAUACUGUACAUGUAUGAAUUAUAAUAAUUUUAUGUGUGUGUUGAAAGUCCAGUUUUUACAUUGUGUUACAUUGCUUAAUACUGCUCCAGUUGCUCAGUGCUUCCCCUUCCAGAUUUCACCCCAGUGAACUUGAGUACUAACAGAAUAAUCUUUCAUAAUGGCUCUCAGACUGAUGCAAAGUUAAAGUUGUGUAUUUUCAGUAGAACAGAUGUGUGUGUGCUAACCAGAGUUAUACUCUACUGUUACAUCACUUGCUUGUGAUAACAAUCAGCAUAAAAAAUAGACCAAGCAGAGAUGGAUGGAUUGUCACGGUAAGAUUUUUUUGUUUGUUUUUCUAACACAUCAUGUUCAUCUACUUAAUGUUUCUUAGGUGUCUUCCCUUUUCAUAAUGUUGACACAAAUUGCAGACAUUGUUUUUUUUUAUGAAACCCCUUCAAAAAUACGUCAGUAGAACAAACAAGAUUCCUUGGCUUCUACUGUGAAAACCAAUUAACCGUCGAGUCGAUUAUAUUUACAGUGCGUUGUUUCAAAGUCAUAUGAGAAACCAUUUGUGGCCCGUGAAAUAGUUCUACAUCCUUGAUUUGAAACAUUUGCACGAAAGAACAAAUAGUGCGUAAAUGUCUGACUCGCCGAUGUCUCUGUGGACUCCGGUCACGUGCCACCAAGAGCUCAAGAGCUAUUUGCGUGUGGCCUAAAAUAAGAGUCUCGUGAACGCGCACGUACGAGGCACUCACGUUCCCACCCAUUGCGUCAGCGCGCCCCCGCGCUCUGUCCGCCUGCGCUCGUGCUCCGUGCGGGAUGCUGAAUUGUAGGCGAUGAUGGCGGAAGGGGAGCACCGCUGACUUUUAUACGAGUUCUUCCCGCAGCCGAAGAACCGUCUACGACAUCGUAUCUCCCCCUCCGAACCUUUCCCGAGACAAUGGGGAACGAAGCGAGCAUGGAAGGGGAGGGACAGGCGGGACAAGGCGACCCAUGCGCCGUUCCUGCUGCGGGUGCUCCGGUUUCCAUUUCAGCACCAGCGGACUCUGGACAGCUCAUCAAGCCGAGCAAUGGAGCGCCUGCCGGAGGAAGUGGCACUGGUCCCGGCCCGGGGAUUAACAGGCCACCUGCAUCAGACCAGGGACCUAAAUCAGGAGUCCACAGCAGUCAAGGGACAGGGGACAGGCUGGCCUCCCAUGACACCCCACAGUCUGCCCCAUCCUACGGGGAGCAGGGCCACGGUCACGUGUCCAGGAAGAACCUGCAUGUGGACGUGGGUGGCAGCCGGACUGGGAGGUCCCCUUCGGUGUCCCCGGACCGAGCCAGCUUCCCUACCUCUCCUUAUUCUGUGCCUCAAAUAGCGCCCAUGCCCAGCAGCAAGCUGUGCCCCGUCUGUAAAACGGCCGACCUGACUGGCACUGCUGAUGACAGGCCAAGCUUCAACACUUGCACACUGUGCCGCUCCAUGGUGUGCAACCAGUGUGGCUUCAACCCCAACCCUCACCUUACUGAGGUGCAGGAGUGGCUAUGCCUGAACUGUCAGAUGCAGAGAGCGUUGGGGAUGGAUAUGACCACACCACGAUCCAAGAGUCAACAACAGAUAAACUCUCCUUCCCACGCUGCCAAACCAGAACCCAAAUCUGACGCUUCUUCUCAGCCUGCCCCUCAGAUGCAGACAACUCCUCAGACUCGGCCAGCACAGACGCAUCCCGCUUCAGGCCCUUCGAAACAGACUGGUCCAGCUGGCCCAGGUCAGCCACCGACAAAGUUGCCUCCGGGGGCAGUGCCUCUCCCUGGCAUGGCCAAAGCACCGUCCCAGCCCGAUUUGUCCCGAAACUCGCCUGCCCACCAACCCCACCACCCCCGCCAGGACCAGACGCGCAGCGCAGGCAGCUCUCCUUCACGACAGCCUCCACCUCCUGAGCAGACCUUUGGGAAAUUGUUUGGCUUUGGUGCUUCUCUACUUAACCAAGCCAGUACACUGAUAUCUGAGACCACUCAGCCCCAACAACCACCCCCAAAACAGGCCCCUAAACCAGGGGGACCCCACGGUCCAGGACCUGGGACACCUAAACACUCAGGACCUCCAUCUGCACAACAAGGGUCUCGACCUCCUCCUCAGCAGCAAUCUGCGUCUUCAGAUUACUCCAAACCCAAAGCUUGUUGUCCUCUUUGCAAGACGGCCCUUAACCUCGGCAACGCAAGUGAACAACCCAACUAUAACACCUGUACCCAGUGCCACUCCAAAGUGUGCAACAAGUGCGGAUUCAACCCCACUCCACACCUAGUCGAGAAAAAAGAAUGGCUCUGUUUGAACUGCCAGACACAGAGGGCUCUGUCAGGAAGUUUGGGAGAUAUUCCGGGCCCUGCCACACAUUCUGUGGGGUCCACCAUGCCACCUGCAGCAUCUAAUCAGCAACCACCUCAGCAGAAAGAGGCUGAUCAGCAGUCAGGGCCAAGACCCCCAGGUCCUCAGCAGCAACAGAAACCACCGGGUCCCCAAGUAAGUGGCCCUGCUUCUCCUAUGAAACAGGCUGAGCAUUCCUCUCAAACCAAGGGGAUACGUCAAGCUUCCCCUCCAAUCAAGGGUUCCACCCACUCUGUUCCUUCAGCCACGGGUUCCUCUCAAUCACUUUCCCAAUCCAAGCGCUCAACACAACCCCAAGUCCAGAGUAAAGGACAAUCUCCAAAUAAAGGCCCUGCUCAAAGUAAGGGUCCCGCUCAGUCUAGUAACCAAACAAAAGGUCAGAGCCAGGCUAAAGGGCAGACUCUGACAAAGGGAUCUGUGCAGCCCACUGCUCAGGUUAAGGGUUCUUUGUCUAGUGCCAAGGUUGCAUCCCCCCCUAAAGCAGCACCCAAUUAUUCCAAGACCUCUCCCACCUCAUCAAAAACAGCACCCACCCAGUCUAAACCCACAGGUACAUCUCAGGUACGCAAACAGAUACCGAGCCAGGAGAAGACAAAAGUCCCACCUAAAUCUCUCAAGGAGGAUGUCAAGGCCUCGCCAAAGAAAGCCUUGUCAGUGACUGUCACUUCACCAAAAGACUCGAAGAUAGCAGAAGAUGUGCAGAAGCCAAGACACCGAGAAGAUCACAUCAAAUCAAGUACACAGAGUUUAAGUGACACCGGAUAUUCCUCAGAUGGAAUCUCUAGCUAUCAAGGAGAGAUUAUUGGUCAGAUUCAUGAAGACGCGAUCAAGCUCAAUGAGAGGGGUGUGCCCGUUUCCUCUGAAAUCACUAAGUUAGAGACAUCGAUGAAACCUCUAUUGGAGUCAAAAACUGCAUCAGACCAGAAGCAUAGGCCUCAUUCGCUGUCUGUUGGACAGGGACAAGGCAUUAGUCCGGAUGACGAUGCAACAAGAGAUGAAUCAGAUGAUGAGCUCAGCUGUAAGCUUCGUCAUGAUUAUGUAGAAGACAGCAGUGAAAGUGGUCUUUCGCCAUUACCAGUGAGACAAAAGAAGUCACACAAAGAUUUAACAGAUGAAGAGUUUAUGAGGAGACAAAUUAUGGAGAUGAGUGCCGAUGAAGAUGAGUUGGAGGAAUAUGGAGACCAGAAGGCUAAAAAAGGUCAUAAAACUAGUGGGGAUUUGAACAAAGAGAGACGGCGACUCCCUCACCAUUCCAGUAGUUUUGAAGAUGCGGCCAAAGACUCAGCAGGCGUGUAUAAGGCAGAAGAAGAGGAAGAUGUUGUAAUGGCUGGGGGUCUUCGCCGUUUUAAGACAAUUGAGUUAAAUAACACCAACAGUUAUAACAGAGACAUGGAAAUCAGUGCUGAGCAUGACCUACGAGAACCAGAACUAGAGAUGGAGAGUCUUACUGGUUCUCCAGAAGAGAGAUCCAAAGGAGAAUAUUCGUCCACUAUGCCUGCUACCACUCCUAGCUACACUUCAGGGACAUCACCGACAUCAGUGUCAUCCAUGGAAGAUGACAGUGACAGCAGCCCUAGUCGAAGAGCAAGACUAGAGGAAGCAAAGCAGCAGAGGAAGGCUCGACAUCGCUCACAUGGGCCAUUGCUGCCCACAAUAGAGGACUCCUCUGAGGAGGAUGAGCUCAGAGAGGAAGAAGAGCUGCUAAGAGAACAGGAACAAAUGAGAGAUCUUGAGCAACAGAGGAUUCGAAGUACUGCUCGAAAAACAAAGAGGGAUAAGGAGGAACUACGAGCCCAGAGACGCCGGGAAAGAUCCAAAACUCCCCCGAGUAAUCUCUCUCCCAUUGAGGAUGCAUCACCAACUGAGGAGCUGAGACAGGCUGCAGAGAUGGAAGAGCUGCACAGGUCAUCAUGCUCCGAAUACUCACCCUCAAUGGACUCUGAAGCAGAAGGCUUUGAGAUAAUAGGUGGCAAGCUCUACAAAUCCGGGAAUGAAUAUAACCUUCCCACUUUUACAUCACUAUACUCUCCAAAAGAGAAGGCACCAUCUAUGUCUUCUGCUGAUAAAACACUAAAAAGUGCAGAGGAAGUCUAUGAGGAGAUGAUGAAGAAAGCCCAGCUCCUUCAGAAACAAGGAAAAAAUGUUAUGCAGCAGAAACAUUCGCUUAGUGACAAUACAAACCUUCAAACAGGUUCUGCCUUAACCCCUGGCUCAAGCCAAACCCAUAUUUCUGCACCUAUGUCCUUCUCCACAACUGGAAAUGACCCACGAAUUGCACAACAUCUUUCAAAAGAAACUCAAAACAGGAUGGUGUCACAGAGUGCCAAAAUUGAAGGUGUUGUUGGAGGGGUUACCACAAGCAAAAUGCAAGUUAGUCACCCUGCUACAACUCGAAAUGCAACUGGUGCGGGCUCCCAACGGCCAGCACAGGCAUCACCUGACUCUACAACAUCCUCUUUAACCUACAAAGUUUUCUCCCUUUUCAAAGGGCCUAGCCCACAAGCCUCACCCACCACCUCUCCUGUACAAAGCCCAACACAUGUACCCACCGUGCGUCCCACGGGAAGUGGUGGCAGGCAGUUGCCAACACUGCCUGGCGGGCCAUCAUCAACUGUAGCUUCCCUUGGAACUCAAAGGUCUAGUUCACCACGCCUCGUACGACAACAGUCCUCUCAAGAUUCACCAGUAAUGGUCAUAACACUUGGAUCUACAGCUCCUAAUCCUGCCAAACCGGUAACUGUAAACUCAUCCACUUCACCUUUGUCAUCACCAACACAGGUUUGCUAUAAAACCCUUUAUAGCUCCCAGCAUCCAUCAGCAAGUUCUCCAACUUCACCACAAACAAAUUCGUUCCAGCAGGCCCCAAAACAUUCUUCACAAAGGGCUCAAAAUGUUGAAAAAACAAACGUUGCUAGUAGCGUACAGAGUCAUGGAUCACUUUCCAUGGAGAAUAUAUCUCUAUGUAAAAUCUCAAAUAUUUCAGGCACUUCAGUGGUUAUGGUUCAAAGUCAAACCCAUCCAGCUAAUAUUGUGGAUCUUAGAGCCCCAAUGAGAUCUGCCCCAAUUAUAAUGACAGAACAAGGAAUGGAUCUAACAUCCUUAGCUACUGACUCAAGAAAGUACUCUUUGGGAGCCGAACAGCCAUCUGUUCGGCACACGGCAGUGCAACCACUUAUCAUAAACCUGAAUGCACAAGAGCAACCACAUGUAUCGGUAUCAACACCAACAACAGUAAGUGUGACGGUUGCAGGUUCAAUGUUCAUCUCGCAACCUAAACAACCAGUUAUCUAUGGAGAUCCUUUGCAUAACCGUGUAGAUUUGGGGCAGGGAGUGGGAUCAGCCGUGUGUUUAUCCCAGAGUAAGUCACCGGUUUCAGAUCCAUCUAUUCCCAAAAUUGAUGCCUGCCUUGAAAACUUAGGUAUACAACAGCAACAGCUGCAAUUACAACAACAAAAGCUCCUGCAGCAGCAGCAACUUCUUGAACAACAGCUCCAGCAACAUCAACAGCAUUCUUCUUUUGCUCGUUACAAUUUAGCUAAUCAAAUCCCUCCACUUGUGGUGAAGAAAGAUCUCGUAGUUAGCCAGACAACCAGUUCCCAGCCUAUAGUUACUGCUAGAGUAGCUCCACUGGCUUCCCAACCUGUUUGUAAUGCCCCGCAUGAAAUCUACGGUGGAGUCGCACUAGAGCUACAGAAUAAGCCGACAGUAAUGAACCUGUCCACAGGAAAGCCCCAUGUGAUGAUGGUUCAGCUUGAUGAGAGUAAAACAUCACAGGCAGGAGCAGUGACUCAGUUACUCAAGAAAGAUGAUCCUCCUCCCGUGCCUCAAGUCUUGGACUUGACUGGGCAGAUCAAACCAGAAAACCAAGUUGCUUGUUGCGACGUUGUAUAUAAUUUGCCAUUUGCUGGUUCCUGUGCAGGGUCAUUCACUCAGAAGCCAACAACAGUAUCACCAGAUAAAAAAUCUUCCACUGAGACCACAAAAGCACCACCCCCUGCCUCUCCUCUGCAUUACAAUAUCAGUCAACAGCAACAGUCUCAUGCUACACAGGGUGUACUAGAGGAACCUAAACCAUAUCAAACACCAAUAGUUCCAUCAGGAAGAAUACAACCCUCCAUGUCUGAUACUAAUCUGCCUGCCAUGACUGAUGCUGGUCACUACCAGAGGAAUAUGAAGGGGAGUGUAGCAGUAGAUCUUAGCAACACAAACCAGACUUAUGAGAGUGGAUACCUCGGCAUCGGAGCUCAGUAUGGCUCAUACACAGACUUACGUCACCAAGGAGACAUUGCAGGCCCCACGUUACCCAUUCGGCGUUAUGGCUCAAUGUCAAAUAUCAAUUCUGACUAUUGCUGUGGGUCAAAGGAGUUAACAGGACCACAGGACUCCAGUCUAGCUCAACUCAGUGCAACCACUGCAAGGGAAAUUAGUCAGAUGUGUGCUGCUCUUAACACAGUAGAUCAGUUUGCAACACGGUAUGGAAAUAAUCCUGAACUAAUGCCUUAUGGGAUUGGAAGAGGUGCACAUUUAGGUAGGCUAAAUCUCCAUCAAAGUUUAGCAUCAAUAAGAGCAAGUCUGAUGUAUGGCCCAGAUGGAAGAGCCUUGUCAAAUGGUCAAACCCUAACAAACCUAAUAAAUGCAAGACAAGCAAGUAUACGCGCCUUGUAUCCUGCUGCUUUAAGAGGAGGUGAUGGCAUGAUAUAUUCUACCAUCAACACUCCAAUAGCCUCUACCUUGCCAAUUACUACCCAGCCAGGCCCUGUUCUGCACCCAAUGCCGAGAGGCAUUUACAGGCCAUACCCCGUAGGUGUAACUGCUGUACCAUUAGCUAGUCUUACCAGGUUGCCUCAAAUGAGUCCCAGAACUCCAUUGGCCACACAAGGAACAUAUUCAUAUCCUCCUUCAAACCAGUACGCUGCUCCAGCUACAACCUCUGCCAGUAUACCUACUCUAAGCAGCUCACAACAUGAAACUCCCGUGUACCUUGGAAAGCCUUCAACUGCAGCUCCAAUCAUCCCACCCACCCUCGCCAGCACAACAAAAAAUACAUUAGGAGCUGGUAUGCAGACCACUACAUUUCAACAGGGGGAUCAGACUCAACAACCAUCACAAAUGAUGUCAAUCUCUCAAGGUCAAGGACAGCCUCCAACUGUCAAGCCAGUACAAGCCCAGAUGCAGCCACAGCAACUACCUGCUCAAACUGAACCUUUAUCCUUAACCCAAACCCAUCCUCAAGCUCAAUCCAUCAGUCAACCCCAACCCCCUGUUUUGACACAUGGUAACAUCACACCCAGUGUCACUGCUCCAACUUCAAAAAUAUCUCCUAUUGAUGUUCAGAAAGCUAAGGAAGAUGAGAGGCUUAGUCAACAACAAGAGCACAUGCUGCAGCUAGAGCGAGAGCGUGUUGAAUUGGAAAAACUGAGGCAGUUACGCCUUCACGAGGAGCUUGAGCGAGAUCGGAUGGAGCUUCAGCGUCACAGAGAAAAAGAACAGCUAAUUGUACAGCGUGAAAUUCAAGAAUUGCAUACCAUCAAGCAGCAGGUUCUACAACAACAACAAGCAGAGCGUGAGACUCAGCUUAUCAUGCAAAGAGAGCAACUGGCUCAGCAGAGAAUGCAGCUUGAACAAAUCCAGUCACUGCAGCAGCAACUCCAACUGCAGCUGGAGGAGCAGAAAAGGCAAAAGACGGCAGCAGUGGAGGCAGCAGCAUCUGCCCAGGGGCCCAUACAAGGGGUGGUGGUCGGAGGAGCGCCUCCUCAAGGCUUCCUGAUUUGUGAUCAGAGUGGAAGGGUUAUUCAACAAGAUGGGCAAGCUGUUCAGUUCUGGCAAGAUGGACAAGUGGUUCAAGCUGUGGUAGCUGCUAGGCCUAUUCAUAGCUCUGUGUCUGAAAUGUCUUUGAGAAUCAAUGACAAACAGACUGACUCCAAGAUUAUGAAGAAGCAAAAUUCUAUGCCCCGUCUUAGAGAUAGCACAGAGGAUGAUUCUGUGAAGAAGAUAGCAGACAGCUGCAUGCAAACAGAUGAUGAAGACGGAGAGGACCGAUUCACAAAUCGACGCAGACGAACAAGGCGGAUUGCAGACUGCAGUGUGCAGACUGAUGAAGAGGACCAAGCAGAUUGGGACCAGCAGCCAGUAAGGCGCCGACGCUCACGUAUAUCAAAGCACUCAGAAUCCGGUAGUGAGACUAAAUCAGAUGGGUCACCUAGAGCAGUGUCUACCAGCAUAGCUAUUCAAACCUCAAACGACUCCUCAUGUCAGACGGAAUCUGACCAACUAGGUAGGGUUUCGCCAGCUAUUCAUAUCACCAUGGCAGAAACCUCAAAGGUCGACCUGUUACAUUACAUAGCAGCCCCUGAAAGGACCCACAAGGGAGAAAGUCUGGCUUGUCAGACUGAACCAGAGUCACAGUCUCAAGGUGUCGUUGCUCCUCAACUCAGUGUCCCGACAACAAUUAGCCCAUACUCUACAAGUAUGCACAUAGUUGGUUCAAAUACAUCUGAUCCAAACUCCCAGAGACUUCAAGGAGUUGCCAAGUUUGAGAGACGAAAACCCGACCCUCUGGAAAUUGGUUAUCAGCAGCAACCAAAUGAAUCUCCUCGCCAGCCCCCCAAAUCCCCUCAGGUUUUGUACUCCCCAGUUUCUCCUCUGUCUCCUCAUCGUAUGUUGGAGACAACAUUUGCCUCACAAGAAAAGCUUAAUAAAGCCCAUGUAACACCCCAGCAAAAGGCUUUCACUGCAGAAUCGCCGCAACGCCACCAGUCUCUACCAAGACCCAUCAAAAGUGUGCAGCGCUCCAUGUCUGAUCCAAAGCCUAUCAGCCCCACAUCAGAGGAUCCCACCAAGAACAGAUUCUGUCCAUAUUAUCAGCAAGCUGUGUCCAACAGUCAGCAGAUGGCCUCCCUGCAGCAGCAGCAGCAGAAUGCUGUGAUGAGAAAGGUAAAGAGGACUCUUCCCAGCCCCCCUCCAGAAGAGACUCCACUUCCCAUAGUUACACCAGCACAAAUGUACAGUUCUCCUGGCAUGCCUCAGAGGGUUUUGCCUCGACCUGCACAAGGAGUCACAAAGGCAGGCUUGCUGAGUGAACUGAAGGCCGUGGAACAAGAGUCAUCAAAGCUCAGGAAGCAGCAAGCUGAACUGGAGGAAGAAGAGAAAGAGAUUGAUGCCAAAUUACGUUACUUGGAAUUAGGCAUUACUCAACGUAAGGAGACCAUGGUGAAGGAGCGCGAGAGGAGAGAGUUGGCUUACUUGCGUUGUAUGGGUGAUGCUCGAGACUACAUGUCAGACAGCGAGCUCAAUAAUCUCAGGAUGGGAACAGCAACAGCAACCUUUGAUGCUAAUGGUUUGCUGACAAGGCCCAGCACUGCACCGCUGAGUCCAUUUACUAAUGAUAUCAAUGCAACAUCCCAGUAUUCCUCAACCUCCGCCUAUAUGUCUUAUCCUUACCCGCAAAAUCAACCAUCAACACAACAGCCAGGCUCCACUUACCAUCAGAUUGGUUUCCAACCUCCCCAGUACCCUUCAUCCACUGCUCCCCAGCCAGGGACAUUCCAACCCCACCCCACUCCAGGCCCUGGCUACCAGAACCAGGCAACCUAUUCCUCCCGUAUGUAUGGCCAACCCUCUUACCAAACAGACCUUGGCAUGCAUCAGCAUGGGCACCAGGCAUUCCAUUCACCAAGCCAGUCUAUGCCAGGCCAAAGCCUUCCUUAUCCCAGUCACAGCUCUUACCAACCUGGACUGUCAUACCCGACCCAGGCAGAUAUUCUCACAGUACACCAAAGACCAAGGCAAACGUCUUUGGCUGACCUUGAGCAGAAACUUCCCACCAACUAUGAGGUCAUCAGCAACCCAGCAGUGUCGGUGGCCACAUCAGCUCCAGAUACGACAUAUGGCUCCGCCUACAGCAAUGCGUAUGGACAAUAUCGCCCCUCUGAGCCUGGCCUUACACACUCUGGUGACAGCCCCACAUCUGCUUAUGUUUCAGAUGAACAUUACACCUCUAACUUAGAGCAGAACAUUCCAAGGAAUUAUGUCAUGAUUGAUGACAUCAGCGAAUUGACAAAAGACAACACCAGUCAACCCACUGAUGCCCUAGGUCAUCCGGUAGGAGGGCGAUAUCGCAGCGAGAAUGGCCCUGGACGUGGCAGCACCUAUGGUAGACCUGAAGAUGAGCCAGUGGAUGCAUAUGGAAGACCCACUGGCACAAUGGGUUACCAGAGCACAGCGGACAGUCGUACUAGCACCACAGUUACUGGUGGAUCUUAUUAUUACGAUGACUACAAACACACACCACGAAGCAACUCCAGUAGUCACAAAGUCUCCCCUAAAAAUCUUGCCCCUGCCGUAGUCUCUUCUAAACGUAGUAAGCACCGAAAACAGGGAAUGGAACAGAAAAUCUCAAAAUUUUCUCCUAUUGAGGAAGCUCGAGAUGUGGAGGCAGACCUGGCAUCAUAUACUAUGACAACCUCGACAGGAGGCAGUUGUACUGUGGUGUCCAGGUCCAAAAAGCAGGAUGAAAUGGCAUACGGAAUGAAGAGGAAUGCUUUUGACCAGCAGAAAUAUUAUGGCACCAGUCGCGAGGGUCUUGAGGAAGAAGAUCGCAUGUACGGCUCUGGUAGGUCCAGGUCUACCGGGUAUGGCAUGGAUAAGAUAUCAUCCCGAGAUGCCUCAGGUCACAGAAGUAAAUCCUAUGAGAGGGAUGCCAUGGAACGUUCUCAGAGAAGCGGCCGCAGUGGAAGGCCACCCAUACGCAAUCAAAAUUCUGAGGAAGAAAGUCCAAUCAGUCCUGUUGGUAAACCUGUAGGCAUUGGACGGAGCUCUGCUGCGUCCAAUGCCCAUGACGUGAGGAACCAGUAUGGGUCAAGUCAUUCGCUUCCAGAUGUGCAGGACCACCACAAGAAGGACCUUCCGAGGAGUCAUGUGUAUAAGCCAGAUGACCCUUACCUUGUAGAUGACAUGCACUGUGCUGUCUCUGACAGUGAAGCCUAUCAUUUGGGCCAAGAGGAGACUGAUUGGUUUGAAAAGCCACGGGAGGCCCGUUCAGAACGUUCAAGACAUCACAGAGGUGGAAGUCAGUCAUCUGCAGGUAGGCGCACAAAGCACACCUACCAUGACUAUGAUGAGCCACCAGAGGAAUACGGUCCUCAGGAUGACAGCCAUCAACGCCAUUCCUCCUCGGCAUCAUCACGAGACCAGCGAUAUCAUGGCAACAGCUCUGGGAGGCACAACUCUUCUCGACACACCUCUGAAGAUCCCCGGUCCUCCCGUCCUACUAGGACACACCCCAAAGACACCUCAGGACGAUCUGAUGGCAGGAGCGCUUCUUCUGCCCAGAGGCGGGGUGGCCCAGACUCCCGUUCUGCCCACGGAAGUCCCCGCAACUCAGGAGACUUCUCCCGUGACUCGGCUGCCGGUUAUCACCACGGCACUGGGGGACGGAGCCAGAGACAACCAGGAGAGCGCACUAGAAGGCAAGAUCCUUCUGCUGCAGGUUCUAAGAUGCAGCAGCAAGGCCAUGCUGGGCAACAGCGUUCAAGUGGUCAAAGCCAGUCAGGGAGACAUGCAGGCUCAGAAGCUCUUGAUAGUACUCAGCAAGCCCAGCAGCAGCAGCAGCAGCAGCUAAGUGCACAACAACAACAACAGCAGCAGCCGCUGCAGCACAGUCAACCCCCUCCGAGCAGCCAGCCAACAACUAGUGCAGCAACUGGACCACCGCAGCAGCAGCCGCCCAAACCAAGCCAGACACAGGGACGCCCAUCAGGAGGAGGCUCUGCAGCAGGGCAGCCACCAACUACAUCGGGAAAAAUGGAUGCCACACCGUCAGCAACUUCCAUAGGAAUGAAGUCUACGAUGGCGGUCCCAACCAUUCCUCAGACAACCAAAACAACACCACCCCCUCUAACAGGCAUUGGCUCGAAAGCCGCCCCUGUUGGGAUCGGCAGUAAAGCUGGUGGUAUUGGCAGUGCUGCAGCUGGACAGGCACCUGCUGAGGGCGAAAACGUUCUGACCAAAAUUCUGCAAGGAGGUGCAGCGGAGCAGGCGGGAAAGCUGGGAGACGCUUUGUCUGGCCUUGGGAAGAAAUUCACUUCAUUCUUUUGAAUUGAUGAGGCGAGGGGUCUGCAUAGUCACAACAAUACAAAAUGAGAGGCUUUGUACCAGAAAAACUUAUGAAACAACAUCUAUUACAUUUUACCAUCACGGAGGACAUUGAGCGAGAGAGUGGGAUGCUACAAUCAUCUAGUUAGAAUCAAAAGGAGAGCCUUGUCAGCACUGAAUUCCCCAGACAUGCAAGUGAUUGAAGUGCUGCCGAGUGGGGAGGGGGGACCUGAAAAUCAAGUGGAUGCCUUAAAAGGAAGGAGGACAGUAAUGAGCAUGAGGCAGAGGAGAGAUGGGAAAGGAGGACUCGUAUUCUGCUUCUUCUUCUCCUCGAUAGAAAGCCUUGGUGGAUGGAAAAAAAAAAAGUUCAAGGCCCACUGAUGGAGGAAAGCCUCAGUGCGCCCUCUACUGGAUACUCUUCAUGUCUGAGGAUUACACGUCCGGCAAGGAUAUUUGAUUCCACAUCGAUGCUGAUUCUUCAAGCACAUCAUAGGUUUUUCUGGUACCAAAGAAUCAUAUCGCUCACAGACGACUCCACUAACAAACCCGAGUGCUCGGUUUAUCCGAUCUCUACAUUCCAGUAUGGGAACGUAACCCGGUCUUUGAAUGUGUUCUUACUUCUCCCGAUUUUUUUUUUCAGUGUCUCUAUACAGAAUGCAUUGCGUAAAUGUAUACAUGCACGCACAAAUAUAUGAAGAAAAAAAAAAAAAGAAAAACAAAUCCAUAUCUGUAGUUUUCCAACAGC